AUGCGAUUGAAAAAUAUAUCUAUAUUAUCUACAAUUCUUACCAGUAUUGUCACGCUAUCUGUUAUAUUAUAUAUAAUAUUAAUGAGAAUUGACGGCAUAAUAUCGGGUGAACCCAAACCACCAUCAUCACCUCGAUGGUUAAAAUUUCCUGUUAUUCAAACAAUCGAUCAAACAAUAAGAGUCACUGAUCCUGAUCACAAACUUCUAUUUAUAGGAGAUGUGCAUGGCAAUUACGACGAAUUAAUUCAAUUACUAAAAGAACAUCAGUAUUAUAAAGAUGGACAGCUGAUAGCAGACCCCAAUAAAGUUCAUAUUACGUUAUUAGGAGAUUUUCUCACAAAGGGACCCGAUUCUUUGAAAAUAGCCGAUUUUAUUUUGAAAUAUAAAGAUCAAAUUGGUUGUGUGUUAGGCAACAAUGAGAUAAUGGUAUUAUUAUCCUUAUUAAAUCCGAACCAUAGAUUCAAAUUUCCACUGAAGUUUACUACAGAAGACAACUUCUUGCCGAACGAAGAAUUUGAUUAUUGGAAUAUCAUCACACCAAGAAAGAAGCAUUAUAAAGUGGCCAAAAAAAUUGGGUUAUUUAAAUUAAGUGAGUUGGCACAACAUUGCUCCAUUGUUAAGAGGUUUGAUUUGACUUUAAGUAAUGAAAUCUUAUUCGGUGUGCAUGCAGGAUUACUUCCAGGCGAUUUUAUAUCAAAUGACGAAAUUGGAGAUAAAGGCGAGAAUAACGUUUUUUUGGGGAGAAUACCUAAAAUCAUAUCAUUAGUGGAUAUGAAGUAUGUUAAUGAAAAAAACUGGACCGAAACAGGAAGAAACAUAGACGAUGUUCAAAAUGGUAUAAAAUGGUACAAGGUAUGGAAUAAAUAUUACCAAGAUGAUUCUGAAAACAAACCUAAUAUAACUGUUCUAUAUGGACAUGAUGCACAUAAUGGACUGACAUUGAGGGAACAUACAAAGGGAUUAGAUUCUGGAUGUGUGAAUGGAGGUCACUUAUCUUCUUUGGAAUACAGUUUCCAUUCAAAACAUGGCCGUUAUAUAACCCAUUUACAUCAAGUUCCAUGUCAUAGAAUAUGA